AUGCAAGGCGGACAGGCAAGGGCGUCAGAGAAAGAAGCACCGGAGAGAACGCAGGAGAGAGCCGGAGAGGAGAGGCGUAGACGGGAGAGUUGGAGGAGAGAAGAUGGAGGGGAGAAGAGAAAGAAAGCAACGAGGACGAGAAAAGAAGAAAGAGAAAAGAAAAAGAUGGGAUACUGGAUAGCGAGAGAGAAUUUGCUUGGUGACCCCAUAAAGAAAGGCUCUAUCGUUAGUGAAGAGCGACGGAGCAGGGCGGGUACAGUCGUAUUCGUAUUACGGGGCCUGUUUACCCAUAUGGUGCAUGUUCUGCCUCAGGCACAUGACGCGGAUACAGCGGAACAACCGGAUGGAAUCAGGAUUCAGAGGGAAAUGAAAAUAUGUGACGGAUACCGGCGAUACGCUGUCCCUUUUCCGGCCCACUUGUUGAGAAAGGCAGCCAAUGGGAGGGCGAGGAUUGCCAGGACCAAUUUCCAGAGACCCACCGUCAGCGGCGGCGGACCAAAGAAAUCGCCGACUGGAGCUGCGGCCAAGAUCCGCCGGUCGUGGAUAGUGAGGAUGGUUGAAUCAGAUGUCUCACACGAGGGAAAAAUACAAUACGGUACUGCAUAUGUAAUAAUGUACAGGAGAUCGUGGCAGUCCGGCAAGCCGCACGGGAUGCAGCAGCCUAGCAAGGCUCAGCAUUCAACAGUAGGCUAUGCUGUUUCUCAUCUGAAUAUUUAAUAAAACACUGUCUGAACAUAAUUUAAAGAAUACCGUUUAAGAAUACCGAAUAAGAAUAAAAUCAGGAUGAUUCAGGAACAGGAGGUUAUUAUUAUAGAAUACGGAGGCCUGGAGUGGAUAUGCCGAUGGGUCAAAGCUUUGGAGUCUGCCUUGAUAUGCAAACUUAAUAUCAACACACAAUAUUCAGACUUCAGAUUAUCAGGUUAGAGUAGACUGGAUACAGAGUACAAUAUCAAUAUCAAACAGUUAUCAAUAUCAUAUCCAUAUCAAGAUACAAACCAUACUGUGUAGUAAAAGUAAAUCAUGCAACAUACCCACAUUACAUCAUGCCAGACUCAUCGACG